ACUCCUGCAGCCCCCAGGGAAACAAGAGGAGGAGGGCGUGAUAUUUGUGAUGACAACUUUGCCUUUUAGCAGAAUAGGCCUAUGGGGACAUAAGUGUGGCUCUGCGAGGGGCUGCCCAACCCGCUCUGCUCUUCAGGAACGAGCCUCACUGCCACUGUUUUGCCAUGAUCUCAAUAACACUGUUGGGCAACACAGACAACUUUUUUCCACUCAGCAGGUUAUCUGCUGUGUGGUUUGAUUGAGCAUCUUGGAUGAAAAAUGGCCAUCCGAUACAUCAAGCACAAGUACCUGUGGAUUUAUGUUUUGAAUUAUGAGAAACUGUAGUAUAAAAUAAUAAUGGAGAUUCCCACUGUGGUGAAUUUGGAGGGACAAAAAUUUGCCUUCUCAACACAGGAGCUGACCUCAGAAAGCUCUGCUCUCUCAUCCAACGGCUCAACAGACCACAGAGGGGAUAACUGUUUCCCUGAAGCCCAAAGCUCGCUGAUGGAACCAGAUGAGGACUUACACGAGGAGAAUAAGAGUUUUGCUUGUGUCAGUCAUAACAACAUUGAAUCUGCGGGAGCUGUGUGCUUACAGGAGCCUGAACAAGUGUCAGUCAUUCCUGGUGAAGGAUCUCUGGACCAGAGUCCACUGGCUCCAGCUCAGCUGGGUAUAGUGUCAGUUCAGAAUCAUUCUGGUCAGACUGUAGACUUGAACUGCAGAUGUGUAAAAACAGACUUUGAGAACUUAGAACCAAUCUCAAAUGGCCAUGUCUUUAGGCCUCCAGAGGACCCGUGCUCUAUCCUCAAUUUGGACUCCACUCCUAUCUUCACUGUCUCUGCAAAUGUUCCUGAUUCGAGCCGAAGAGUCCUGGAUCUCCCACGCAUUGUGAGGCACAAACCAAGCUCCAUCACCUUCUCACAAUAUACCUGUCCCUCAGGAGCCAAUGGCCACGCUCAUGUCAAUGAGAGCUCUGACGAUGGAGCGACUUCACCUGAAGGGGAGGAGGAUGAUGAUCAUGAUGAUGUGAUGAUGAUGAUGAUGAUGAUGAUGAUGAUGAUGACGACGACGAAGACAAUGAUGUGUUUCUAGAGCUGCUUCAG